GUGGGCCCAAUAAAUAUCAGUGAAUUUAAAUACAGAUAUAAUUCUGAUAAACAAGCUGUAGUAUUGUAUACAGUGUUGGUAUGCACAGGGCUUCUAAACUUAAAGAAAUGCAAGAGCGCCUGGAGUCUUCUCGACUCAAGACUUGCAAUCUCACAAAAAGUGACUUGGUUAAAGAUCACUUGCAAUAGGGGAAACUGGGGCAAAUGUGUUGGUUGGAAUCCAAGUUGCCCGGGGCGAGAUUGA